CCGAUGCUACGCGCCGCGCGUACUUGCAAGCCCGGCCCGCUAUUUAAGUAAGGGCACCGGCCACUUGUCUGUUGUCUCUCGACGCGCACGCACUCUUUCGCUGUGUUGCCGCCCGCCUGCCCGCCUCCGACGGUCGCGUACCAGUCUACCUCAUGGCCUCCGCCGCCGCAUCCGCCGUCUCUCUCGCGAGGCCCGUCAAGGCCAACUGUGUCAAUGCUUCCUUCUCUGGUGUAAGGAAGGAUAACGUAGCCUUCCGAAUGCAGCCAGUGCCGCAACGAUUUUCAGUUUGCUGUGCAGCCAAAAAGGAGACAAUAGACAAGGUUUGUGAUAUUGUAAAGAGCCAGCUUGUGCUUGCUGAAGGCACUGAAGUCUCUGGCUCCUCGAAAUUUACUGAUCUUGGUGCUGAUUCUUUGGAUACCGUUGAGAUUGUUAUGGGUCUUGAGGAGGCUUUCGGGAUCAGUGUGGAGGAGUCAAGUGCGCAGGCAAUCACAACGGUAGAAGAUGCUGCUGAGCUCAUCGACAGCCUCGUCGUUGCAAAAUAAACAUCAAUUCCGGCAAUAUUGAACCAGGAGCCUGAACUGCAGCUGCCCGUGCAGUCUGCCUAUCAUGUGCUAGAUUUUACUCUGGAGAGUUGGGUGACUUCAGUAUGAUCGGUGUUGCCCUGUUUUGCGAUAUUGUUACAAUUAAGCUAUUGUGAAAGUUUUUGUUUUGUUGAAGCUGUGCUCGGAAGUGGCAUAAUGGUCCCAAUGCUGGGAAUUUGAUUUUGGUGUGCUAUGUAGAGCAAUAACUUAUUUACAUCUUUUGUGUUUUUUGGCUGGACUGCAAGUUUGCAACAUUGAGAAGUCCGACCUUUACUGUAACGUUGUGAAAAUCUUUACACUUUCAAACGUGCCCACUCCAGGGCUACCAGUCU